CCCCUUAAGUUGUUUUUUGCAGAGAGGAGCUUUGCAGAGAUCUAGAUGGGGACCUAUCUCUUUUGUUUUCUGUUUCAGUCUUGUUGUUUUUUCUCCUGGCGCUUCUUAAAAAACAAAACCCCAGACCUUAUCUCGGAUUUUUAACCACAACGCAGUUUCAUCAUGCCACUUCUUUACAGAAUAAACUGCCUUUAUGGCACAUAAUACCCGAAUACCCUCGUCUUCUUGUCAGCCACGGGGAAUUUAGUCCAGGUCUGACCCAGUUUUAGUGUUUUUAUCCCUUUACAGCCUCCAAUGUGCUAAGUGCGAGCCGCCAGUGGAGAUGUUUCCGGCAGGAGAGGAGGUUAAUUCCCAUUUGUUUACCCCACUGAAGGAGUCUCAUGGAGCUGCAAUCUCCCCAACACUGGAGCUCAGUCUAACUAUCAUCUACACCGUCCUCUACUCUUUCCUGUUUGUUUUCGUCUACCUGCAGCUCUGGCUCAUUUUGCACUACGGACACAAGCGCUUCAGCUACCAGAGUGUGUUUCUGUUUCUGUGUCUGCUGUGGGCAGCACUGAGGACGACCCUCUUCUCUUUCUACUUUAAAAAUGUGGUGCAGGCCAACCAGCUGCAGCCCCUGGCCUACUGGCUGCUCUACUGCUGCCCUGUUUGCCUUCAGUUCUUCACAUUAUGCCUGCUCAACCUUUACUUCACACAGGUGAUGUUUAAGGCUAAAGCCAAGUAUUCCCCAGAGCUCACCAAAUACAAGAUUCCUCUGCGUUUGUUCUUCUUGUGUCUCGGCAUAUUUUUCCUGGUGGUGAAUUUAACGUGUGCGUUGUUAGUGCAAGGAGCUCUGGAGCGCUCUGAAUCACCGAGUGACGGGGGGGUCAGACAUGCAGUCCUGGCCCGGGUCUUGAUCAACGACAGUCUCUUUGUCCUGUGUGCCGUGUCUCUGGCUUUCUGCAUCUUCAAGAUCGCCAAGAUGUCCUCGGCAAAUGUGUACCUAGAAUCAAAGGGUACAUCAGUGUGCCAAGCAACCGCUAUUGGAGCCAUGGUGAUCCUACUCUACACAUCCAGAGCCUGUUACAACCUGGUAGUGGUGGCCAUGUCCCCACAAGACAGACCCAGCACCUUCAACUACGGCUGGUACAGCGUCUCGGAUCAGGCUGAUGUGCAGGAGGUCAGCGGUGAAGCCUACAUCGCGUUCGGGAUCAUUCUCUUCUUCUGGGAGCUGCUUCCUACCAGCCUGGUGGUGGUUUUCUUCAGAGUGCAGAGACCAAACCAAAACCUGGCUCCUGGAGGGAUGAUCAACAGCCACAGCUUCAGCUCCAGAGCAUAUUUCUUUGACAAUCCUCGACGGUACGAUAGUGAUGACGACCUGUCCCGAGGGAUCAAUAGUAGGAGUGAUCGAGCCAGCCUCCUCUCAACAACUCCCCAACUUGGUACGUCGAGUUGGUACGGUUCCAUCCAGCGCAAUGGGAACCUGACAGCUGGCUUAACAACCGGGCAGCAGCCCUCUUCCUCCACGGCCCCCCUCCUCUUUGCCUAUGGAAACAUCCAGACUCAUCCUCAUCACCACCACAACUAUUACUCCACCCCGCAGAACAACAACGUCCACCAUCAUCAUCAUCACAGUAACUUCUACUCCACGCCUCAGAAUUAUUACUGCGGCUCACAAACCUAUUUCUGCACCCCGCAAAAUUAAGCAGAAUCCAUUGAUGGGUUAAGAAAGACUAAUAACUAACAACAUCCUGCUUCCCCAGAUACAUUAAAGCAGGUGUUUGAGUGAUAUUACAAGGAUGUUCCUGGGCCCAGAUUGAGCUAAGGUGGUGACAUCAGCAACCAGGCAGUUGUUGAUUUGUUUAACCACUCUUGUAGGACAUCCUCAUCUUUAAACGGGGUGUUUGGACCAGAAUGAAAGCAAGCGCAGGCUAUGGAGAAGCGUUUUUAGCAUAGAUAGCUAAUACAGCUAAAAGUGCAAUUUUUUUGUUUCCAAUCAGCAGUUAUAAUUUCUGAAACUGCAACCAUGACCAGAUAAUCAUUUGCUCUUAAUGUAUUUUCCGCCAUUCCUUUUAAAUUCAAUCAAAACGUGUUUUUGUGGAGUAUAAAAUACUGCUUAGACAGGCUAGCCUGUCACCUGAACCUGAAGGCAACAGUUCUGCACAUAAAUAUACACUCAGCUAACUACUAUUAAGAGUUUUUAAAAACUUAUAGGACUGAUUUUAAUGAAACAAUCGUAUUAAUUAGGAUUCAAAUGUAAUAUAAGCUGGAGAAGAGCAAUGAUGGAAGCUAAGCUACUAGCUUGAUUGUAAGUUCUCAGAAAUGCUUUCUAAUCAUGGAAACCAGUAGGCCUAUGCAUACAAGGGACAAUUUUGGUGUUAAAUCUUUGUUUUAGGGUCUGAUAACAUAUGACAGGAAUUAGCUGUGGCUAAUUUGCCAUUGACUGUUGUAUCAUUGAGAGCUAGCUUACAAUAAGCGCUAACAGUUGGCUUAAAAUCAUUAAACCAACAACUUUGUUGAUGAAAAAAAGACAUUCAAAAAGCUUAGCAAACCUCCAUCCAUCACAGAGUAUGGUCCUAUCUAAUCCGUUGCAAAAAAGAAUCAAACAUUGCUUGUGUAUUUUAGUUCCAGUGGAAUUGAAACAUUUUUACAAAUACUGUUAGCAUGCUAGCUUUAGACAUUAGCCUUCCUCCUGGAUUCUGUUGUAUCAGUGAGAGCUAGCUUACGCUCAACGCUAACAGUUAGCUUAAAAUAGUUAAACCAACAACUAUCUCAAUAUAGAAGAAAAAAAAUACAUAAAAAAAGCUAACCAAACCUCCAUCCAUCAACAAUGUCUGUUUAUUUUAGUUCCACUGGAAUUUAAAUGUUUUAGCAAGCUAGCUUAAAACAUUAGCCUUCCUUCUGGAUUCUUCGACAGGUAAAAGAAGCUUUGAGCAAAUUUCAUAACUAUCUGUAAUGAAAAUACUGGUCAAUGUAUAUGUCAGUAUUUACAAAUAUCCUCAGUAUAAGCUACUUACAACUGAAAAAAAGUGAAAUCUCUAUGUAGCUGCUAUAUUGAUGUUAUUGUCCAACUCAAUAGCACUAGCUUGGUCACAUCAGUCAAAUACAUUUCUAAACACAAUGUUAAUGUUUAGGCUUUGACUACAUCUCAGCAGAAACAGCUAAGUCAUGGUUAGCUUAGGCUACCCCUAGCAUGUGAACGAUGUGGAAUAGACAGUUUCAUACACUGUCCUGUAAAUGUUGGGGUUUAAAGAACAUAUCAUAGAUUAAUAAGAGAUCAAAGUGUAGAAUACAAUCAUCAUUGAAGGAGAAAUCAGCCUACGGAUUGUGCAUUAAAAAGGGGGAACUGUUUCUGAAAUGUAAUGUUUGACCAAAAACCUUUAUUGUAAUCAGAUCUGUUGUGACCUGUGAGGCAACAGUUUGCACUUGGAAGACGUUCACGUUGAGAGAAAAGGCCUUUGGGGGGGAUUUUAAAACUCCCUUUUCCUCAAUAAUCGUCUGAAUUCUAUAUUUGACUAUCUUAUCCUUUGAGAAAGGAAACAUCGACGUGCCAUCACAUGUUGUCAUGACAAAUCGUUUCAUUCCUUAUGGGAAAUAUUUUUGCACAAGAAAUGUUGAAUUGAUGCGUGUCUUUUUGUGUUGAUUCCUAAUCCAUGUUGAGUCGUUUGUGUGUAAUCUUAAUUUUGUCUUUGACGUUUUAAUAUGCUUUUAUAAACUUUUUUUUUUUUAUCCUUUAACAGAUUUUAUAUUUUGUAUCUAUUUCCAUCUCCUAUGGUUAGUCAUAAGUUCACACACGUGUUCAGCAUCUCAUGACAGACUGCAGCAGCGAGCCGUUUUUCACCUCGAUGGAACAUUUUCAUACAUCACCAGAUUUAAGGAAUAAAUCAGUGCUACCUUUUUUUGUCAGAUUUACGUUCAGCAUGAUACUUUACCACUCUUCAGCUAUCAAGAAAUUAAACUGUAAAUGACCGUUUAAAAAACAAAGAUUAUGACUUGAAUCAACAAGUUGUGUCAUAUUUUUGAGAGAUCUCAAGAGCUGCAGUGCAUGCUUCUGUAUCAGCGUGCGAGAUCUCUGCGUCACAUGUUCUGUCCAGGGUGAGGUUAUUUAUGUAAAAAAUGUCUUUCUGUGGCCUCAAGGCAGAGUUAAUUGUGUCAUGUUAUUGUUUUACUCGUGGCCAUACUGAAUGUAACCUAUCGUGUGACAGAUCACUAACGCUGUAUGAGAGAAAAGCACUACCAUAUUGAAAUAAAGGCCUACUGCACUGUU